CUUCCUCCUCCUCUUCCUCUUCCUCCUCUCGUUGGGAUGCAAACCCUGAACUUGGAGACGCAUCCCUUGCAAAGAAGCAGAAGACGACGAGCUUAGCAAUGAAUCCAUUGAAGCUCCAAUCCAUCAAAGCGCCGGAUCGACGAGUCAUGGACCAUUCCUAAAUGUGAUUAAAUAUCCUUUUCUUCCAAAGCUCAGAGAGAACACGGAUUUACCUAACCCGACUUCUUCACAAUUUGGCGUUCAGAGCGCAGCAUCUCGAGAUUUCAAUGGCAGAUGGAUCACGCUCUCUCCUUUUUUCCUCUCCUCCCCCACCCCACGUUCUGUUUUGUUUGUUUGUUUUCAACAUGUUUGAUCUGAAGUUCUGAAGCAUCUUGGAGAGGACCUGCGAGAGAAGGAAGAGGAAGCUGCACCCAAGGAGUGUUAGUGGCACCAAGGCAACUCUCCCAGUCGCAUCAUGGGGAUGUUCAGGGGAGGCUGUGGAGGAGUCACACAAAGAAGAUUUGUUGCUGAAUGUUUCAUUUUUGUUUGGCUUUGAGAAGAAGCAUAAAUAUCUAUCUUUCCUCUCCAAGUACAAUUUUCACUCUGAUUGACUGCAGGAGCUGAUCAGUUGGUCACCAUCUGUGUGUGAAACAGGACACAUGUGACAAUGGUGGUGUUAGAUAGAACUGGGGUGCUCAUGCCCUUCAGUUGCUAAGCUCCGAGGGUGUCACCUGCCCUCUUAACCUUUACUUCCCAAUUUUGUUGUUGCUGCUGCUGGUUUUGCCUCUUUUAGCCAAAAGGGGGCAGCAUAGCCCAACAUGCUCCGUCUGGGAUUCUGGGUGGCUACCCUGCUCUGCAUUUUUGUUCCCAGUGGUGUCCGCAGUGACUGCUGGCUGAUUGAAGGAGACAAAGGUUACGUGUGGCUUGCUAUCUGCAGCCAGAACCAGCCUCCAUACGAGACCAUUCCCCAGCACAUCAAUAGCACUGUGCAUGACCUGCGGCUGAAUGAGAACAAGCUCAAAGUAGUGCUCUACUCCUCCCUCAACCGCUUUGGUAACUUGACUGACCUCAACCUAACAAAAAAUGAGAUCUCCUAUAUUGAGGAUGGCGCCUUCAUGGGACAGUCCAACCUGCAGGUGCUGCAGCUGGGCUACAACAAGCUCACUAACCUGACGGAAGGCAUGCUACGUGGCAUGGGGCGACUCCAGUUCCUCUUUGUGCAGCACAACCUGAUUGAGGUGGUCACUCCCACUGCCUUCACCGAAUGCCCCAGCCUCAUCAGCAUAGACCUGUCCUCCAAUCGCCUCAGCCGGCUAGAGGGAAGUACCUUCACCAGCCUGAGCAAUCUGAUGGUGUGUGAACUAGCUGGAAACCCCUUCAACUGUGACUGCAACCUCUACGGUUUCCUCAUGUGGUUGGUGGCCUUCAACAAUGUCACAAAAAACUAUGACCGCCUACAGUGUGAGACUCCCCGGGAGUUUGCUGGCUACCCGCUUCUUAUGCCGCGCCCGCACCACAGCCGCAAUGCCAUCACCAUCUUCAAGUCAAUGUGCGGGGAUGGCAAUUUCCCAUCUAUCUCCAGGAUCAACCCCACACCAUACAUCCCAGAUUCUCAGAGGGAGGAUGACAAUGCUGAGAAUUCAGGAAUUAGCCCAGGGGACUUCCUCUCAGUAGAACCUCCGGCGUCUUCCACCACUGAUUCCUCCUACAUUCCCAGCAUCAAGCUCCAGCAGGUGACGAUCACCUCAGCUGCCUUGGUGGUGACCAUCCCAUUCCCCUUCAGCAAGAUGUAUGUGCUGGUCCAAUACAAUAACAGCUACAUCUCUGAUGUAAUGACUCUGAAGAAGAAGAAGGAAGUUGUCACUCUCACCCACCUGAAGGCUCACACAGAUUAUACCUUCUGUGUGGCUUCUAUACGCAACUCCAAACGCUAUAACCAUACCUGCCUCUCCUUUGCUACCAGGAGCAAAGGGAGAGAGGAACCAAUGGCUAACACAUCCACCACUACCCAUUACAUCAUGACCAUCUUAGGUUGUCUUUUUGGAAUGGUCAUUAUCCUUGGCAUUGUUUACUAUUGCCUGAGGAAGCGUAGGAUGCAAGAGGAGAAGCAAAAGUCCCUCAGUGUGAAGAAAACAAUUCUGGAGAUGCGUUAUGGCUCAGAUAUUGAUACUAGUUCAAUCGUACAUCCGUCACAGAAGUUGGGAGAGCCACCUGUAAUCCCCAUCUCACGGAUGUCCUCUCUUCCCUCCAUGAUUGGGGAGAAGAUGCCCUCAUCCAAAUCUAUGGAGGCUGGCAUGGAGACUCCCAAGGUCACCACCAAGGGCAAUUACAUUGAGGUUCGGACAGGUGGUGGGGAUGGGCUGGACAGGUCACAGAGGGAUGAUGACCUGCAUGAACUGGACAAUGGGCAAGGUUCAGCAGCUGAAAUCUCAACAAUUGCCAAGGAAGUAGACAAGGUGAACCAGAUAAUCAACAAUUGCAUUGAUGCCCUCAAGUUGGACACAGCCUCUUUCCUGGGGGGAGGGGGUGGUGUUGAUUCUGACAUGGCUUUUGAAUGCCAGUCCAUACCGGGUGUUUCCUCUGGUGGGCUGGAGCGGCCAAGCUUCCUCUCGCCACCCUACAAAGAGAGCUCCCACCAUCCCCUGCAGCGCCAGCUCAGUGCCGAUGCUGCUGUGACCAGGAAGACCUGCAGUGUCUCCUCUAGUGGCUCCAUCAAGAGUGCCAAGGUGUUCAGCCUUGACGUACCUGACCACCCACCAUUGAGUAAGGCAGAUGCCAAAUACAUUGAGAAAGGAAGCCCACUCAACAGCCCCUUGGAUCGUCUUCCCCUCGUGUCCCCGGGUGCCAUCCACCACCUGGAGGUGAAACCUUCCUACCACUGCAGUGAACACCGGCAUUCCUUCCCAGCUCUGUACUACGAGGAGAGUGGCGACACUUUAAGCCAACGGGUGUCCUUCCUGAAGCCUCUCUCCCGUUCCAAGCGGGACUCCACAUAUUCUCAGCUCUCACCUAGACAUUAUUUCUCGGGCUAUUCCUCCAGCCCAGAGUACUCCUCAGAGAGCACCCAUAAGAUCUGGGAGCGUUUCCGGCCUUACAAGAAGCAUCACCGGGAGGAGGUUUACAUGGCGGCCGGCCACGCCCUGCGGAAGAAAGUCCAGUUUGCCAAGGAUGAAGAUCUGCACGAUAUCUUGGAUUACUGGAAAGGCGUCUCUGCUCAGCAGAAGUUGUGACUCUCUCAUUAAAAGGAAGAAAAUCCAAACACACACACACAAAUUAACCCACUUGACUGUGAAAAAAAAAC